GGAACUUGAUGGUAGCAGUAUUGUAUUUUGGUAGGUUUGGUAAGAAAAAAGUUUGUAUUAAGAUUGUAAUUUAGCUUAGACAUUUUAAUAGGUGAAACAUGAAUGCUUAACCAUUAGUGCAGUAGUAUAUAUAAAAUGCUCUUAAAGCCAUAGCUGUCAGUUUCAGAAUUUCUAACAGUACAUAAUGCAAGACCUUCAUAUUUUAUACUGGAAUUAACUAAUCGAAGUACCAAUUUCAGAGCAUCAAAUGUUUUGUGUUUUCUUUAACAGAAUGACUUGACGGGAUAUUUAAAUACAUGUAGAUCAUUAACUUAAGUUUCUGUGUUCAAAAUGAAAUUUAAACUUUAAAAAUUAAACUUUUAUUUAACUUCUUUUCAGAUACAUAUCCCCUUUAUUUUUGUAAUAAGCAAAAAUGUAUUAAUGAAUAGGAAGAUAUUAGUAACAAAAUUAUUCUGGAUCAUACAGUUUUACAGUGGAAGGAAUCUCGACCACAGUUUUUACCUGUUUCUCUUAAAUACAGUAUGGAUGGUUAAGUUAAUGGCGUAGUGGAAAAUUGUCUUUCAAUUUCUACUCCAUUUGUUUUUUUUUGCCAUAUUGUUGGGACAAGAAGGUGAAUUACCUACAAUUAAUAAUGGUUAAAAACAAAACAAGGGAGUAUCACUGAAAAUACUUACCAUUUAAAAAUCUAUAACAUUAUUGAGAACUGUGACGGUAAGUUAAUUUUCAUUUAAUGUUAUGUGGUAACAGUUUUUGGGUGACUUUCAGUUAAGUCUGAUGAAAAUGUGAAAUUUCAGAGCAGAAUAACUUAGGAGUUUUGAGAUUUUCCAAAACCAGAUGAUUCAGUAGUUUUAAGUUUAAAAGCAAAACCAAAUACUUGAUGAGUUUCUUGGAAAGUAUGAAACAGCUGCCAGUUAUUGCCAGUUAUUACCUAAGAAAUCAGAUAGAUGGGGAAAACAGUGGUCCUUUCAGUUGGAUAAACAAACAUGCCACUUAGACUGCUCCUUUUUAAAACAACUUUUGUAAACAUACUACUACUACUGAGUAUAAAGUUUAUUAGGAAAUUUAGCAAGUAAUAGAAUCAUUUUUGGUGGGAUCCCACCAAAUGACGGUUAACUUUUUUGGGUGUGAAAUUUGGCAGAAAUAGUUAAAAUUGUUUUAAAACUCUUUAUCAGUCAUUUAAGGUGCUUUUAAAUUGAGUUUUCUAGGAAUGUUGGUAAUUGCUUCAUAAUUUUCAACACUGAGUAGAUUUAAUUACAGUCUAGUCUUUUGAUAAUUAAUGUUACUUUCAGGUUAUUUAAUUAUAACGUGAGGUUGUCACCUGUUAACGUUAAUGUUUUCUGGGUUUAGUUUGUCAUUCAGGUUAUAGGAGAGAAUUUGGUUGAUUUCAGACGGUAAAUGGGUAGCAGAAUCUCAAGAUGGUGGAGAUACAUCUUAACUGUUGUCCAAAGACCCUGGGUUAUUUCUUAGGCUCUCUUCACUGUGACUCUGGGGAGAAAAGAGUGGAUCCUUUUUUUAGGAUUGCUUUUCAUGAAGAUAGCAAGGCCUUGUAGUUUGUAGCAGUGUAGAGAUUGGCAUGUUGAAUUAUCCAGUCAUAAUUUGUAGAACGCUAGUUUCUAUAGUCCUUCCAAAAAAAGUUUUUAAAUUUUAAAAAAGUGUUAGCCUUGUAAAAUAAAAUAUGAGAAUGAAUCAUGGAUAUAAGAAAAUUUGAAUACUCAAAUGAACUCCAUUGUUUUUUACAUUUAAUCUGUAGCAUAGGGUGUUUUGUACAUGGAGAAUCUGUAAGGAUUGAAUAAGUUAUAAUGCAUAGCUUUGAUUGAAGUCAUUCCAAAAGUAAUUUUGAUUGAGGUUUAUUAGAGGGAAAUAACUGCUUUUUAUAGUGUGAGCUAUUUGUACCAUUAAGUUUUGAGGGAUUUGAAAAUCAUUGAAUUGAUUCUAGCACUAGCUCACCCUGCUGGUUGACUAAAGUAUUUCACCCCUUUCCUCAACAUACAGAACCACAUGAAACUUAGAUUAUGGAACACUAAAUUCUUCUUUGGUCUUCAGUGAGAUAGAGUCUUUGUGAAAAAGGUGUUUUUUCCUUUUUUUUUUUUUUUUAAAUAGAUGUUUGCUUAUCUCAUGCCUCAGUUGGUCCACUCAUUUUUUUUCAGUUCUAAUAAGGUUAAACUGGAUUUAUUUCCUUUUUGAAUUUAAUAGGAACUCAUGCAAUUAUGGAAUUAGAAUGUUUUUAUAUUUUUAAAUUCAAGAUAAGAAAUCCUUUGACAGUUGAGAGAUGUUAGAGGAAAAACAAAAUGUCCUGUGAGAUGACUUUCCAGGAGGAGAAAAGCAGAGGAUUUCAAGAGGAAGAGGAGGAGCCUGCCAGAGGAGAAGCAGUUAGCAGAGCACACUUCUUUUGGGUGGCAGAAAAUAAGACUGGAUUCAAGUUAGCUUUUCUAAGAGUUUCUUUUCAGUCUUCCUCUACUACUAAUCCUUCUACCUCUUCUAUCUGAAAUUUGUAGCCUUCCUAUUCACUUAAGAUUUUUGGAUCUGUGAUAUUAUAAAUAAAAAUAUAAAAUAAGUGAUUUGUUCCAUGAAAUUUAAUUCAUAAGUCUAGAUUGUGGUGGAAUUUAAAUUGCAUAGAAUAUGUUCACAUUUUAUGUGUUAAGCCUUUUAGAUUAUAUAGCAUUUAUGUAAGCUGAAAAUAUAGUGCUAUAAGAUCUUGUUUUUGGUCUGGAAAUUGAACUGGGUUUCUAGUGUGUACUUUGCUUUUGAGCCAAAUCCCAGUCCUGUGAAGACUUUCUGUGUGAAGCAUAUAGAAACAUAAUUAUGUUAAGAGCCAAAUGAACUAUUGAAAAUUUAAAAACACCUAAUAAAGUGUCAAGAUUAAAGUACAGCUUCCAAAAAUUUACUUGUUUACUUGAAUUCCAUCAAUUUGAUUUUUAAAAAGGUGAAUAUUUAAAUUCUUCCAUGGUAUUUAUUGUUUGCAAACUUACUGGAUAUAUGUGUAUCUGUAUAUAUAUUUCAUCAAUUUCUUGUGGAAAAUAGUACUUUUUUUUUUUCCUUUUUAUCGGUACCGGGGAUCAAACUCACGACUGCCUGCUUGCAAGGCAGGUGCUUGUGCCGCUGAGCUAAAUCCCCAGCCCCCAAACUAGUACUUUUAAUAGUACCAUUUGUUGAGGAAGGAGAGUAAUUCCUAGUUUAUCACUGAAUGAUUUGUGGUGGUAAAUAAGACUUGCCAAAGUUGGAAUUGUCUUUUGCUUGAUAGUGACUCCAUGAAUGUUUUAUAGACACGCCAAGCACACACCAUAUAUACACAUAGAAUCACAGAGUGUAAGCCUUGAAGUAGAACUGGAAGUGCUCAAAUUUAGCAUUGUAAACACUAGACAGAUUUAUUGAUAAUACCAUCUUUAAAGAGGUUUAGGAUUUACAUUAAAGAGUUUAUAUAGAGUCCUUAGCUUUCUGGCAUACAAUACAGAGUAAUUGUUAGUAUUAAUAGUUAUUACUGUUUCAGUGGUUAACUUGCAGUUUCCACCUGGGGUCAUUUGGAGUUGUAUACUUAUGCUAGUGUCCCAUGUUAGGCCAUGCCCAUAAAGACAGUUAUUAAGAAAGUGAGGCAGGAACCAGGUUAAAUAUUUCAGGAAUUUGUUCCAUUUUAUGAUUGUCAACUGAUGAAUAGGUGUGUGCUAGAGUUCAUUUUAGUGAAAUUAUUUCCCAAUCAAGUGUUUGUCUUCAUUGCAACAUCCUGAAUUUCUUCACCCUCUCAGUUUUUUAUUUUGUGGUGGUAGUGCUGAUUAGUAAAGAGAAGAGUGAAUAGCUACAUAAAUUUGUAUUUGAAUGAGGAGUGGCUGGCCUAGAAGCUGGGUGGAGAAAGGGGAAUGUGAUUUUUUUCCAUUGGAUAAUCUGAGUUAGGGAAUUUCUCCAAACAGCAUUUCCUUUUGGUUUUAUCCUCCGCAGUUUUGUUUUGUUUUUUGAGUAUGUCUGUGUUGGUAUAAUGUCAUUACCUUUUCCCAUCUUUUCUUAAUUGCCUGUCAUGCCCACCACAAAUUUUAAGCUUUUUAGCAGAAUCAUAAAUGGUAGCUAGUAAAAAUAAGUUUACAUAGGGAGGUAUGUUUAUGUUAGAAUACUACAAGUUUAUAUUGGUUAGUCUAGUGGAAGUUUCAUUUAUGUUUUAAAAUAUUUUCAGCAAUUUGAAAAUAGAGGGAAAAAUCAUACCAUUAAUAAUUUAUAUUCAAGAGGAGCCUGAUGCUGACUUUAAUUAAAUAUCUAAAUGCUACUUGUAAUAAUCCUUUGAUGUGUGUAUAUCCAUCUCAUGUAAGGAAACAAAUUUCAAACUUAGGUCAUAAUGGUAAACAGUGGGGCAGGCAGACUUAAACCUAGGUUCUAUCUUGAUUCUGGAGAUAGUUUUGUUUCUGUUCUCCCUUCCUGUUUUCUUAAAUGUCUGUUCUACCUGGUUAUUACAUGAUUUGUGAGUUAGCUUCUGAUUUGAAAACUUAACAUUAUAAAAGUAUUCUUCUGCCUACCCCUUUUUCAAGUGGUAUCUUAUUGCACUCAUUGUGUAUUCAGACUAUCAUAUAAAGGCUCUUUGUCUUAGCUGUUGGACAUUGGUGCAGUGAUACUGGCCAAAAUGGAAACUGUCUUUUUCUUCCCAGAGUGACUUAGAUCAAGCUUAGAACUAGUUUCCAGUGGAUUAGGAAUGUUUUUUUUUUUUUUUUUUUGGUCUUUUUCAUUUUUUUUUUUUUUUUUUUUUGGCACCAGGGAUCGAACUCACGACUGCCUGCUUGCAAGGCAGGCGCUUACGCCGCUGAGCUAAACCCCCAGCCCUUUUUUUUUUUUUUUUGUCCGUACCGGAGAUUGAACUCACAACUGCUUGCAAGGCAGGCGCUUAUGCCACUGAGUUAAAUCCCCAGCCCCAGGUUAGGAUUGUUACUGGUUUACUCUCUUUUCUGUUGUGACAUUUAACUCAAAGUUGGAUGUAAGUAAAAUACAAAUGACAUACUUGAUUUAUAGUAAUCUGAAAAACUUAAUUUUUACACUUUUAAAUGUCUUAAGCUUCCUUAUUAAAAUUGUUAAAAUAUUAAAAUUAAAUAUAUUCAUAGGUUUUUAAAUUAAGUGGACAUUUGGAUCCUACUUAGUUACUAUUACAGUAUUUGUUUAAAAAAAUAGUUUACUAUUGAAUUCUUACAUUCUCGAGAUGACAUCGUUUGUAUGUGAAGUAGUACAUGUCUUAGUUUUGGUCUGUUUAGCUUCUCUGCAAUAUUUACAUUUUUAAAACAUGUGUACAAAAAAUAAUUACAGUUUUGUUGAUUAAAAGGAGAAAAUAUUGAGAGGCAUUCGUAAUAAAGUCCAAUAGAAGUAUAAGGUGAUCCAUAAACAGAAUUUAAAAUUUUCUAUAGCCACAUUAAAAAAAGAAAUUAGGGAAAUUUUAUUAAUGCAAGUCUUCAAAAUCCAUUGUUACUAUACACUGAAAGGAUAUCUUAGUUCAGCAUAAUUAAACAUUACGUGCACACACUGUGCCACACUGUAUUGUACAGUAUAGGUGUAGAAAGUCCUGCUGUGGUAUGGAGAAAGGAUAAAGUAAAAAUUGAGCUGAACUUUAAAGGAUGACUGAGAAAAGGGAAUGCUGGGGAAGAAUAUUACUGCAAAGAAUUUUUGGUAAUUAUAAUAGGAACUGUAAAUUGAAACCAGGUAAUACAGUAGAAUGACUUGAAAGCCUUGCAGAUAUUCAAAAUUAGAGUUCUGUUUAGGGAAUAUUGGUUCUCUGAUUAGCAAUAUGGUGGAGGUUGAUCAAAAAGGAUGAGAAUUUAAAGGUUUUAGAUUUAGCCAUUAUUGGUGACUUGUUUUUAAGUGUUUAAGUGUAGCCUAUAUAUACUGAAAUACACCAAUUUUAUGAGUACUACCCAGUGAAUUUUAUAAAUAUGCCCAAUAAACUGUCCAGAUCAAGAUAAGGAACAUUUCUCUGCACUAAAAAAACGUGCCUUGUGCCUUUCUGUUAAUUCCUGCUCUUAGAAGUAGUCAUAGCCUCUAACACUAAAAAUUAAUUUUCUUUCUUUUUUGAACUUCCUUAUGAUGUGUUUUUCUUUCCAAGAGUAGUAAAGAGUUGAUUUCUGAAUUUCUUCUCUGUCCUUGUAUGAAUUUAGAAGUAAAUCAGACAAUAGUAGAUAUUGUAGCCUUUCUCUUUUUUCCAGUGUGGUUUAUGCCAAAAUCAAAGAGGUGCCCUUUACCAAUUAAGUUUUAUAACCUGAAAAUUGAUUUGGAAUGUAGAGAUUUGUAUCCACAGAUAACAUAGUUGUCUGGCCUACUCUCCUAAUACUGUUCUCAUGGCAUGUAGCUUAGAAGCAGGUGGAAGGUUACCUUGCGUAGAUGCAGUUUGGAGCCUUUUCAAUGUUUAUUAUACAUGAUACCUUUUAGGCAUUUCAAGUUGCUUAAUAAGGUACUUAAUUCUUACUGUAAUUUCAGAAGUAAGAAUAGGUAUGCUGCUUUUUAUAGUUAAGUGUCUCUCUUAACCAGAAAGAUUUUGACCUUUGUUUAUAAUUAAAUAUUACCUUAUAGACAAUCACAUAAAAGAUUACAUGAUUAAAACCUGUGAAGGAGACUUUUUUUUUUUUUUUUUUUUGGUACUGGGGAUUGAACUCACGAUCUUAUGCUUGCCAGGCAGAUGCUUAUGCCGCUGAGGUAGAGACUUAUUUAUAAACUGAGAAUUAAAAUGAAAUUGUUAAUCAUGAUUUUUACUUCUCGCACUUGAAUUAGUUUGUUUUGUAUGUUUUGUUUUUCCAAAUAUAGUUAAUACUUAUAUUAUUGUUAAAUUGGUGCUUUUGGGAAAUUUUUUUUUCUGAUUAUGUAUGAUCAGUAAAAAGCACACAUUAUUAAAAUAUGUAUCUUCACGUUCUAGUAAACUGAGUUUUGAAGAAUUACUACGUUUUGUAAAUUGUGUAGAAAUUUUCUCAUUCAUUGGUUUCUGAAUGCUUUUGAGUUUAUAAGUGAAAAUUUUUACUUUAUAACAUUUUGUCUUUUAGAAUUUGUAAUAAAUAUAACAUACUACCACUCCAAGAAUUUCAUUACUUGUCUUGAAGAAACUGAGUAAACUGUUAACUUUCCUUUUGUAAGUUUUGUUUUUGUUUUUAUUUUGGUAGUGUGAAUCAAACUUUCAACCUCAUGCAUGCCAGAAAGGUACUUCUCCAGCUUCUUUUAAGACAAGGUCUCACUAUGCAGGCUGGAGUGGAACUCGCUAUUCCCCAGACUGGCCUAUAAUCCGGGAUACUGAGGCAGUUCUCUUGCCUCCCUUGGCUUCCUGAGUGCUGGGAUUCCAGGCAUACAUACAUCAUUUAUGCCCAAAAGUUUUGUAGUUUUUGUAAAGUGUAAAAGGAUAUAGCAAAGGUAGUAGAUUAUACACUGAAAAAUAUUUGUUUUUAUCUCAAAUAUUAAAACAUAGCUCUUAGGGAGUAGUUUUAGAAAAAUUACAAAACAAUUAGAAUGUUAUAGCUUCAAGAAUUAUAUGGUAGGGGAAAAAAAAGUAUGUUGUACAUUUGCAUAUUUGCAUUUGGUUUUGUGAGACUUGUACAGAAGCCUUGUGUUAUUGUAAUUCCUCAAUCUUUUUUCACUUGUUUUUAGCUUGGUUAGUUAAAAUUUACUUAGUAUUUCACUAAGGACAGAAUAUAGUUCCUGCUUCGAAGAGUUCAUUGAUCGGAAACUACUUGAGAAUACUUAAUAAUGAUACAUUUCAAUUACUGCACUGACAAAAUGUGAGUGGCUUAAUAAAGCUUCUUGGCAGAAAACAAUUUUUAAGCUAGAUUUUGAAGAAAUGGUGUAUAUAGAUUGGUGAAAAAUAAAUUAUCAGCUAGUAAUAAAAUUUUAAAACAGACUGACAGUUGUGAAAUGCAAAUGUUUUCCUUGGGUUAAAGUAGGGUUUAAAAUGAAUGUAAAGAGAAAUAAACUUGAUUAAGAUUGUGGCAUGAGCUGGAGGAAUUGAAUAUUGAUUAGCAAUUAGAAGUAAGAUGUUACUAUGGAAAUUCAUUGACCAGUACUAGGUAAAGAAGUAUGAAAGACUCAAGUAAUGAAGUUAGGAAGUCCAGUUACAGUUACUUGUAGUUGAAGUAGGUUAUAUUAAGAGUAAGUGCAAAUAUAAACAAGUUUGGAAUACAGAAUUAAUGUGACAAGUUUUUCAUAUUUUGAUAUUCAAAAUGAAGUUAUUUGAAGAUAAUGUGUUGAGUUAUGAGAUACAUUUUGACUUUCUAUAAUUGUAAACUCGCUGAUUUAAGCUUUUUUUUUUGCCUCAUGUUUGGUUUGGAAAUUUAAGUAAAACUCAAGAAAGUUAUAAUUGCUGGUAUUUUGAAAUAUUUGGGCUAAAUGGUAAGAGUUUGUACUAAAUUUGAGUUAUAACUGUAGUUUAGUCUUGGUUUGAAAGACAUCCUAACUUAGGAGUUGGUAGGAAAAUAAGAUAAUAAAAGCUAAUCGUCUGCUAAUGUUUGUAUUUGUUUUUAAACAGAUAUUCUAAAAUUCAGGAACAUUUGGAAACACUCUUGUUUUUAUGAGAAAAAGUUAUGUAAUUCCCUCUGAGCAGUAUUUUUUGAUGUUUAAAAAUGUAAGAUGCUUGUCUCUGCUGGACUUUGUAAGUGCUAAAUUGAAUGUAUGCUUUUUAAUGAAUAAAGAUCAUUUUAAAGUAGAAUUAGAAAAUUAUGAAACACUAUGUCAAUUAUGUAAUUUUAAAUAUUUUUUCUGCCUUUUUAAGAGUUAAGAAAUAGAAAUUUGAAAGUUAAUAUAGUCUUACAGUUUAGUGGUAGUCUGGGUUUUUUUGUUUUGUUUUGUUUUUGGUACUGGGGAUUGAACUCAUGAUCUUGCGCUUAGCAGGCAGGCAGGCAGGCACUUAAGUCAUUGAGCUAAAUCUCCAGCCCUGUUAGUUUUAAAAUAAUUACAUUUUAAACAUUUUUCACCAUUGUCAUAAAUUUAUAAAAAUGUUAAUAGUGAGUUUCUGGAAAGAUGAUGUUUUUGACUCUAGGUUAUCUAUGAGGCAAAUUAGCUAAAGCAAAAGAGAAUAGGUUACCACUUCCCAUCAGUGAAAACUAGAAACUUUAUAUCUGGAAAUUUGGGCUUUCUGUAUAGAUACGGUAGAUUAGAAGAGGAAGUGGCAGAACUGUUUGUUCCUUGAUUAUCUUGAUGAACUAUAAGUGUGGGGAUAGGAAACUUCCCUGAGAGCCUAGUCCUGCAUCUCUUUUAAGUAUUCCCUAGUUUAUACCUUUAUGGCUACAGAGUUUUUGAAAAUAGGCCUAUCAUUAGCUGCUUAUUUUGUUUUGGUACUGGUAAGCUGAAAAACAAUGAAAAUUACAUGCAAGAGGACUAGCAAUUUGAAAAGAGUGAAUACUAGAAAAAUACACUGUUCAUACUAAAGUACCUUAUAUAGGUGCUUUUCAAAAGUCUCAUGAUGUGUGGUACCAUUAACACAAAUAGAACUCUUAACUAGACACUAUUAAGUGGCGUUUUUAACCACUUCCCUGUUCAUCUUACUUUCCAAGCUUGAUUCAUCAACUUUCAAGUUUUAUUACCUGAGAUUCUUCCAAUAUUCUUUAAUUUCUUAAUUGAUUUUUUUCUCUUUAAAGAUUGCAUUAAACAUUUUCCCAGUUUUUUGAGUUAUUUAAGCAAAACAGCAAAUGUUGAAAAUUAAAAGUACAAAAAAAAUUUUAAAAAUGACAAAAAUAUACUAAAACUUCCAAGCUAAAGAGUUGUGAGUUUUUUUUUUAUAUCAAGCAAAGGUAAUUUCAAGCCAGAGCAAUUGAAUGAAAACAAGAUUUUUAAUUAAUAAAAAAUUAGGCAUUGAAUAAUAGAAUUUGUGUGAUAAAGAAGCAAAUAGCUUUAAAAUAUAUGUAGCAUGGCUUCUUUAUAGAAGUUGGCAAUACUAGUUACCAAUUUUAAUUUACCUUUAGAAUUUUAUAGAUCAGGAAGCAAAUGUUAAAGUAGAAAGAGAUUUUUUUUUUUUUAGUAAGAGAUUUAAAUAGGAGCUGGGGAUUUAGCUCAGCGGAAUAAGUGCCUGCCUGGCAAGUGUGAGGUUGUGAGUUCGAUCCCUGGUACCAACGAAAAAGAAAAAAAGAUUUAAAUAGCAUUAUGUUUUAAUGUCAGACUUCGUUGCCAAUAGAAGAAAAAUACAUAUUAAAAUUUGUUUCAUUUUCUUAAUGUAUGGCCUCAAAGAGACUUGAAUUUUAUUUAAGAGAAUUCUGCAGGUCAGUUUAUUUUAUUGUGAUAUAGUAAAACUCAAUGCUAAGUCCAAAACUAACUAUUUGGACUAUUAAAACCGUAUAUCCUACUGAAGCUUGUGCCUCAAUCUCAUACUAUUCAGAAAUUAACAACAGUGAGGAAUGUGAAUAUUUACUUGGUCAAGGUGGGUUAAAUAGCCACUUACUUGGUUGCCAUCAGCCUCUCACUACAAUUAUAAUACAGUAAUACCUCAUUUGUCAAAAUCAGUUUGGUCUGAAGUUGUGUUCGAACACUGAAACAACAUUUGAGAAUGAGCAUACUUUUUCCGUAAUAAACAAUGGACAACUAAAUAAUUAUACUUACAGUUUCAUUUUUCCUGGACUUUAACAAAUUUCAAAAUUUCUUUAACUCUUAUGGUUCUCACAGAUUUUCUUAGUUUUACUACUGCUGUCAGUUUCUUUGAAGCCAUAGUUAUAACAAGUUUUAACACACUGACACAAACAUUACAUAUUGUCUAGGUGAGAUGCACUUGGACUCAAGUUUCACUCAUUUGUGUCUGUGGUGAGAUGUAAUGGAUGACUUUUUUUCAAGUUGGGUUUUCAGUUCGACUUGAACUAAGUUUCUAACCCUGAGCAGAUUAUUUUUAAACUUUGCUGUUCAAGUAGUGGAAAAUUUGAGUUUGGAGUCAAUGUAACAAGGUAUCACUGUAGUGGUGUUUUAGGCAUAGAAGCUCAAGGAUAAAACUAGAAGGUAAUCAUAGAAGUAAAACUUUGGAAGAUCAAAGGCAGCAAAUGUUUUUUGUAGAAAAACUUUGUAGAAAAAAAAAGAAAAACUUUGUAGAAAAAGCUUCCACUCUUAGUGGUAAAGGCCUAGAAUUUGAAUGCUGUAGGAAUUGAUGGCUAUGGGAAAAAAUUGUGUAAAGAUCUGUGUAACAAACAAGAGGCUAGAAAGGGUCUCUUAAGUUUCUUACAUUCACCCAGAGAAUCUGGGCAUAGUUUAGGUUAAGGGCAUCUACAAUCAGAAAAGGUUGAAUAGAAGUCAACAUGUUGAACUGGAAAUCAUUUUCAGCCUCUUUUCAUCCCAGUUCUAAGAAUACUGCACAGAAAUUCUAUACCCUUACUGCUAUCAGAGAUUAGGAAAAAACUGGCAAAGUGAGGAUGCAUCAGGAAAAUGGUCCAGAUUGAUCAUCAUAUAGUUAAAACUACCCACUAACAAAAUUUUUAAGCAACUAUAAGUGCAUUUUGAGACUUCAGCACCAUACAUACUCAAGAAUAAACCCAGUAUGAGAUAGAAGGAAAAAGAAGCAUUUCAAGAAGAAAGGUUUUUACAAAAUGUUAGUGAUUUUUGGAAGUAAAGGGCUACUGCAUCUUUGAAACAAAAAAAUUAUGCUUUAAAAAAGCAGUAAUUAAUAACGAAGAACUCUUGAAAUUUAGAAUAUGAAAAAUAGAAGGCUUGGCAAUUUAGAAGGUAAAAUAUCUUUUAUGUUUUUUUUUUUUCAUGGUACCGAGGAUCAAACUCAAGACCUCAUGCUUGCCAAACAAGCACUUGUGCUGCUGAGCAGAAUCCCCUGGCCAACAUCAGUUGGAGAACAAUCUAUCACAACAGGACAAAAAUACAAAGUGGAAAAUUAGAACACACUUGCAGGUUUGAUUUAAUUUCGGAUGAGAUUGUUCCUGCAGCGAGAUGUUAGUAAGACAAAAUCUAGACUAAAUGUGUUAAAUGGGCUUGCCAACAAUAUGGAUGAUUUGAAGAUAGACACCGAUAUUACUGGUGCUAAAGAAGAACUCCUAGAUGACAACAAUUUUAUCUCAGAAAACGAGAGUGGAGUUCAUAAACCAAAAGAUUAUCAAACAUCAUUUAAGAAAAACAGUUCAUUGACUCUAUCUGAAGAACUAUCAAAGGACAAAUCUGAAAAAGCCUUAAGUGGAGGCCAGUCUACUUUGUUUAUGCAUGCUGGUGCUCCUACUGUUUCUAGUGAAAAUUUUACCUUACCUAAAGGAGCUACUGUUAAUGGACCAGUUUCACACUCCUCCUUAACUAAGACUUCCAGUAUGAAUAAAGGUAGUGUUUCAUUAACCACUGGACAGCCUGUGGAUCAGCCAGCAACAGAAUCUUGUUCAACUUUGAAGGUGGCAGCUGAUCUUCAGCUGUCUACACCACAAAAAGCAAGUCAACACCAAGUUCUAUUUUUGUUAUCAGAUGUAGCACAUAAUAAGAAUCCAACCCAUUCCAUUAAAAAACUACCUACCUCUACAGUUGGUUGUGACAUUCAAAAUUCAGUAGGGAAUAGUAUGAAAUCAGAUAGCACUUUAAUAAGUCAAGUAGAGGUGGGUGAGGAUAGUGAAGAUUUACUAGUAAAAGAUGAUGGUGUUAAUACAAUAACAGGAAUUUCCUCAGGUACAGAUGAAUUUAGGUCAGAAAAUGAUACGAACUGGGAUCCCCAAAAAGAGUUCAUUCAGUUUCUUAUAACUAAUGAAGAAACUGUGGAUAAAGCACCCGCUCACUCUAAAGUAGGUCUAGAAAAAAAAAGAAAGCGAAAAAUGGAUAUAAGCAAGAUAACUCGUUACACGGAGGAUUGUUUUGGUGAUUCUAAAUGUGUACCAAAUAAAUCAAAAAUGCUAGAAGUUGAUCUUAUGAAACAGAAUGAAGAAGGACAAACAAUAGACUCAGAAAAAUACACAUUAUCAAAAGUGAAGCCUGAAUCGACUGAUGAAGACUUAGAAUCUGUAGAUGCUUUUCAACAGCUAAUUUAUAAUCCAGAUAAAUGUGGAGAAGACAGUUCAGCUGUUCAUACUAGCACUUUUAUUUCAAAUACCGUAAAAAAGAAAUGUGAAGAGAGUGAUCCUGAGUCACCUGCUACUUUUAGUACUGAAGAGCCAUCAUUCUACCCCUGUACAAAGUGCAAUGUGAAUUUUAGGGAGAAAAAGCACCUCCAUAGGCAUAUGAUGUAUCAUUUAGAUGGGAAUAGUCACUUUCGCCACCUUAAUGUCCCAAGGCCAUAUGCAUGUCGAGAAUGUGGAAGGACAUUUAGAGAUCGCAAUUCACUUCUAAAACAUAUGAUUAUCCACCAAGAAAGAAGACAGAAGUUGAUGGAGGAAAUUCGUGAAUUGAAAGAACUUCAGGAUGAAGGAAGAAGUGCACGAUUACAAUGUCCUCAGUGUGUAUUUGGUACCAAUUGCCCUAAAACGUUUGUGCAACAUGCUAAAACCCAUGAAAAAGAUAAAAGGUACUAUUGCUGUGAAGAGUGUAAUUUCAUGGCAGUGACAGAAAAUGAAUUGGAAUGCCAUCGGGGCAUUGCCCAUGGAGCUGUGGUAAAAUGCCCUAUUGUCAAUUCUGAUACAGGCCAGAGAAAAACACAAAAAAAGACUUUCGUGAAAGACUCUGUUACAGGAUCAUCCAAAAAAUCAGCUACAUACACGUGUAAGGUGUGUCCUUUUACCACUUCAGCCAGAAGUAUUUUAAAAAAACACGUGGAAUAUUUGCAUUCCUCAUCAUGUGUUGAUUCAUUUAGUAAUUCUCUGGGGCUAGAUAAAAAAAAAAGUGACACCCUUGAAGAGCCUAUAGAUGUAGAUAGCACUAAACCAUUAAUUAAGCAACAAUCAACCACAUUUCCAAAGAACUCUGCUUUAAAGCAAGAUGUAAAACGAACAUUUGGAUCAAAUUCACAAUCAAGUAAUUUUUCAAAAUUACAUAAGCGGCCACAUAGAAUACAAAAAGCUCGGAAAAGCAUUGCCCAAUCAGGGGUAAACAUGAACAGUCAAAACAGCUCUCCUCACAAGACUAUUAUGAUUAAAAGCAGCACUGACCAAAAACCGAAGUAUUUCCAUCAAACAGGAAAAGAAAAAUCUAAUGCCAAGGCAAAUAGCAACUAUUUAUAUAGACAUAAAUAUGAAAACUACAGGAUGAUCAAAAAAUCAGGUGAAUCAUAUCCUCUGCAUUUCAAAAAAGAAGUUAGUUCAUUAAAUUCUUUACAUCUGUUUUCAUCAAGUAAUUCUCAUAAUAGUUUUAUUUCAGACUCUGAUAACCAAGACACCAAACGACCAGAAGGCUUCAAGGACCACAGGCGUGUAGCUGUGAAAAGAGUAGCUAAAGAAUCUAAGAAGGAAAAUUCUGUCCAAGGAGAAGACUUGAAUAGCUAUCCUGAUUUUUUGCAUAAAAUGACUGUUGUGGUUUUGCAAAAGCUUAAUUCUGCUGAAAAGAAAGAUAGUUUCGAAACAGAAGAUGAUAGUUCCUGGGAUAAUGUUGAGCUAAGUGACUACACUACACAGCCUAUAGAUGAUGAAACAUACACUGAUCUUAAUCAAGAACGUGUAAACAUAUUUCCCCUAUUUAAAAGCAAGGUGGAAGGUGAAGAACCAGGAGAAAAUGCUGCCCUUAGUUAUGAUCAAAAUAAUGGCUUUUAUUUUGAAUAUUACGAAGAUGGUGAAUCUAACAACUUUUUACAUGAGAUACAUGAUUCUCAGCAUUUAGAAAAUUCAGAAACUUCAUUGUCAAAACAUAGUUCUGUUUUUCAUUGGACUGAUUUGUCUCUUGAGAAGAAAUCAUGCCCUUAUUGCCCAGCAACGUUUGAAACAGGUGUUGGGCUGUCAAAUCAUGUCCGAGGACAUCUUCACAGAGCAGGAUUAAGUUAUGAAGCCCGUCAUGUUGUAUCACCAGAGCAGAUAGCCACAAGUGACAAAAUGCAACAUUUCAAAAGAACUGGCACAGGGACACCUGUUAAGAGAGUUAGAAAAGCUAUAGAGAAAUCUGAAACCACUUCUGAACAUACUUGUCAACUCUGUGGUGGUUGGUUUGAUACUAAAAUUGGAUUGUCAAAUCACGUUAGAGGCCACCUGAAAAGGCUUGGAAAGACCAAAUGGGAUGCUCAUAAAUCUCCAAUUUGUGUUCUGAAUGAGAUGAUGCAAAAUGAAGAAAAAUAUGAAAAAAUCUUAAAAGCGUUGAACAACCGUCGUAUUAUUCCCAGACCAUUUGUAGCUCAAAAACUAGCAUCAAGUGAUGAUUUUCUUUCUCAAAAUGUUUUACCUCUUGAAGCAUACCAUAAUGGCCUAAAGACUGAAGCUCUGUCAGCGUCUGCAUCAGAGGAAGAAGGACUGAACUUUUUAAAUGAGUACGAUGAAACAAAACCUGAACUGUCCAGUGGAAGGAAGAAUCAGUCUCUUACACUGAUAGAACUUCUUAAAAAUAAAAGGAUGGGAGAAGAAAGGAAUUCUGCUCUUUCUCCUCAGAAGAUCCACAAUCAAACAGCAAGAAAGAGAUUUGUUCAGAAAUGUGUUCUUCCAUUAAAUGAAGACAGUCCUUUGAUGUAUCAACCACAAAAAAUGGACUUGACUAUGCACUCAGGUAUGCCUGUGAAGCUUAGAACAUGUGUGCAUUGCAAUACGACGUUUACAAGUGCUGUUAGCCUGUCCAACCACUUACGCGCUUAUGCACGAAAGAAGAGUGCUGGACUUUUGACUGGUACAGCCUUAGAUUGUAAGCAAAAGAAAUCAAGGUCAAGAUCUGGAAGCAAGAAGAAAAUGUUAACAUUACCUCACGGUGCUGACGAGGUUUACAUUCUCCGAUGCAGGUUUUGUGGCCUAGUCUUUCGAGGACCAUUGUCUGUUCAGGAAGACUGGAUUAAGCACUUACAACGACACAUUGUAAACGCUAAUCUUCCACGGACUGGAGCUGGCAUGGUGGAAGUCACAUCACUACUUAAAAAGCCUGCCUCCAUUACAGAAACUUCAUUUUCUCUACUAAUGGCAGAAGCAGCUUCAUAGAACCAGGAACCCUUUUAAAUAGCAAAUUUGAAUCGGAUGUAAAUUUGAAAUUCUCUUUUUUUUGUAAGCCACAUUAAAUUAUCCGUUUAUAAAUACUAAAGCAGGAAAAUGGGGAAAAGUGAAUUACACUGACAUCAGAGCAAAUUGAAUACUUAAAACAGUAAGUAGUCUAUAUAUUUUAUAUAGGAUGGAAGAUGUGUUUUUAAGGUUUACUAAGUUUUGUUGCUUAACUUCACUUAUUAGAAGAUCUUAUCUGUAAACAGCCAUUUAUAAACUGUUGCACAUGGAUAUGUAUACAGACUUAAUGGAAAAAUAUGUUUUCUGCAGUGUUACCAGAAUCAAGGCUCUGUUUUUUCCCCAUAAGACUUGCAUAGAAAAAUAAAAUAUUAUAUAUUUUGUUUGUAUGUAUUUAGUGUUUUGUAUAAUAUCAGGAAUUGCUAACUAAAUUACUCAACUUAGGGCAUUAAAUAUCAUGUACUUCAUAGUUUGAGACUGUUCACUCAAAUAGGGGCAGAGUAAUAUUCUAUCUAGAUGUGUAAGUGUUUUUUUAAAAUAUCACAUGGAACGGUUUUUUUUAUACUAAAAAGUGGAGGGAGAUUUGUUUAAACAAGUAUUUCUAAAAGAAAUAUGUAUAUAGUCCUGGAAAUUAUUUGUGGUAAGGAAAUAUUCUUUACUCCAAUUGCAUUUCUCAGACAAUAAAGUGGUGCAUCCAUGCUACCUCCUACUUUGUCAACAAAGAUGCUAUUUACCCUUUACAUUUUUGUAUCAUAAUAGAUUAAAAAAAUCUAAUGUUCUUUAUUGCAAGACAUCCUUUUGUUAAAAGAUUUGUUUCUUUUUAAUGUUUUACCUAAAAUUUGACAUGCUUACAGGACAAGUUUGCCUCUUUAUUUAACAUUGUAGAAAUGUAAUUAAUAAAAGAUACUACACAAUUUAGAAUAGGCUUUCUCAUUUAUAUUAUCUUCCAAAUCUGAUCAGUUAGCAAAAGUUAAUACACCAAUUAAAAUAUUUCUACAUAUGAUGAGAAUGUUUACAAUAUAAAUUUUAGAACUUGUUUUGGAUGUGAUUAUAUGUACGAAAAUUGUGUAACACUAUGCUCAUGCUAAGAACCGACAUAACGGAAUUACUGAAAUAAAUGUGCUGUGAGGAAUGGAAAAUAUGGUGCAGGUGUCUUGGUCAUAAUAAAUUGUGAUUAUUCUUUUAA